GGAAUUUAGUUUAACACUGAAAACCGGCAAUAACCAUUAUCUUUUAAAAGAUACAUAAUGGAAGGUGCAAAGACAUUUAUGAAAACUCAUUACAAAGAGAUAUGUGUUACUGCUGUUCUUGGAAUUGCUGUCAUAGCAGUGUUUAAGAAGUGCAGAAAGAAAAGCAAAAAAUCUUACCCUAGAGACACGGUUAUCCACCACCAAACUGGCAGAGGUCCAUUUGCACCUAGCCUAACUCCAUUUGCUGUAAAACUUGAAACCUAUUUGAGAAUGGCAAAAGUUCCAUUUCAGAAUGAAUUCGACAGUGGUACCAACAAAAGUUCGAAAGGAAAAAUGACAUGGAUUGAAUACAAUGGCGAGGAGGUGGCGGAUUCAGAGUUUUGUAUCAAGUACAUCAAUAAAACAUUCAACAUAGAUCUAGACAAAGAUUUUACAGACGAGGAAAGGGCGAUAGCUUAUUCUCUUCAAAAAGUGGCGGAGGAGUAUUUCUACUGGACAUUUGUAUUAAGUCGAUGGGUUUACGAUGAAGGCAACAGACUUACCAAAUAUAUAAAAAUACCGUGGAUCUUGAGGAAACUCAUGAAGCGUGCUUCCGCAAAGCAAGCAAAUGCACAAGGAUUGGGUCGUCAUUCCCAAGAAGAAGUGGAGACAAUCAUUGUUGAAUGCCUUACGAAUUUUUCUAACUUUUUAGGGAAGAAAAAGUUCUUUCUUGGAGAGAAGCCUUGUCAGUCGGAUUGCGCUAUAUUUGGAAUUUUCUCCCAGUGUUAUUGGCAUGAAUUUGGUUCGUUCAUAGAACAGGAAUUCAAAAAGUUUGAAAAUCUUUGUGGCUACUGUGAGAGAAUGAAGGCAGAAUUUUGGCCUGACUGGGAUGACUGUAUUACACACGGUAAUACAAGGGAGGCCAUUAAAUGAGGGCGAGAGAAAAAUAAGAGACAGAGUUGAUUACUCACUCCUUGAUGAAGCAACAAACAUUUUCAUCAUUAUUAAUUUGACUAAAUCGAUUAUUAAAAUAUCUAUAAUUGUACUAACAGCAAAAUAUGAAAUUAAUUUAGAAAGACUUUUUAAAGCAUAUUCUGUAUUAAAAAAAAAAUAUAUGGAUCUUUACACAUGUAAAAACCCUGAAACUAGACAUUCAAAGACCUUUUCCAAUGAAUGGACAUACAUAUACCAGUACUUUAAUUAAUUAUUAACAGACAUAUUUCUAAGAACAUGCUCUUCCUUCACCAUUUCUCACCCCUCUCUCUCUCUCUCUCUUACUCUCUCUUUACCCCUCUCAUUUGUCACUUUUAUAUUUUUGUAUUGUUUAUUAAAUGUAUUAAUGAUGUAUUUGAUGUAGUAAGAUAUUAUAAACAUGCAUAA